AUGGCUUUAAUAAGCAUUGAGCGUUUCCAACUAGUUGUAUGUCCACACAAGAAGAUAGUCACAACGACCAAACUUGUAGCGGUGAUAGUCUGUUUUUGGAUAGUCUCUGCGGUGUUCUCAUCACCAAUGGCAUUUUUCUUUCAAGUUAUGGAUCUUUGGUAUCUCGACCAACCAGUCACUGUUUGUACACUUGAGUGGCCACCGGGCUGGGAGACCACAGAGGUGAUUUUCGCUGUAACGGUAUUUUUAAUUGGCUGUUGUGUCCCGUUGAUUAUUAUCACAGCCAACUACGUGAGAGUGUACAGGAAAGUUUUAGCAUCGCGAAGAAAGGUUGAAGCUAGCGGCAGGGCGUAUGCUACUCGCGAUGAUAAUGCCACGGCUGCGCAGCAGAGAGAACUUCGUUUAUUGAAAAUGCUCGUACUCAUUGUCGUACUUUUUGUAUUCAUGUGGUUUCCUAUUUUCAUCGUUAUUCUGAUAAUCGCUCUAGAACUAGAAAGCGCUAAUUUGACUUCCACCACAUUUUUAUUCGUCUUGUGCGUGACCCUGUCAAACACCGCUAUCAAUCCACUGAUAUAUGGUGUUAUGAAUGAUAAAUUCAAACAAACUUUCCGAGAAAUGCUGCGCUGUAAACGGUCAUCGAAG